AUGAACUACCACCCACCUACCGUGAGUGCAGAGCUCGACAGCGAGAUCUCUCGCUACAACAUCUUGAACUACUGCUCCAUCAUCUUGCCAGGCAAGACCUGCAGCAUCGUGGUGGCAGCCUGCUACACUUGCCGUAUGCGCGGUCACCAGCAGUAUCAAGCAAAGUUGAUCGUCGACGGCAGAUGCAUUCUCAGGGGUGGAUGCAAGAGCACCAGCGAAGAAGCACUGGCUGGACUGUAUUACUGGCUGCAGAGACGCGCAGAUCAGUACCAUCACCUUCGAUCCAAAGUCUUCACAACCACGCCGAACAACAACAACUUUACCCAUCUCCAACAACUUGUCGCGCCAAUAACAAUCAUGACUGGGCCGAAUCGGGAGGUCAUAAAGAGACGUUUCCGCCGCAUCGGCGCAUUCUUCAAAGGUAGAGCCACCGUCAGAAAGGCUGACAAGGCUGAAAGCGCUGGAGGCUGGACUCUCUGUCGUGGUCUACACCAGUCAGCCCAGGAGAAGUUUCCAGAGUACGGCGACAAGUACCAGGUUCAUGUGCAGAAACCCUUCGACAAGGUAAACCUCUACACUGCAACCCUUACCAUUCUCGGCGAAGAUGAGCCUCUUUUACAGACGAAGUUUUGUCCUACUCCUGUUGAAGCACUCUCAAAUCUGCGCAUCAUGAUCAUGGUCUGUGAGGAUCCCAACACCAAGGCCAAAAAGCUCGCCGAGCAGCGCAAGAAUGAGGAGCGCGCUGCAGAAAAGGAUGUUGAGAAAGAGCAUGCUAUACAGGAGAUUGAUGAGGGUCCUGUGGACAGCGAAGAAUCGGACAGAAAGCAGCGGGAGGAUGCAAUGCGCGCCGAAAAGGAAAGACUGGCAAGGGAGCAAUGGGAUUCGCUCAUGACUCAACUGGGUUCGAAGAGCACGUCACGUCGCUGCAGGUCAACAAGAGGAACACCCAUGCUGCUCAGUAAGAUUUCUCAUCGCAGAUUCAAAAACUGGACAAAAGCAACGGCCCGAUGA